AUGGAGGACGACGAAUGCUUUAUCCAAGCUUUAAUAGAAAGUGUAGAAAAAAAGAAAUGUUUGUACGAUAAAAGGGAUCCAUUUUAUUUUAAUCGUGUAAAUAAAGAUAAAGCAUGGCAGGCAAUUGCAGAACAAUGCGGCAAAAGUGAUCUAGAAUGCAAACAUAGAUGGAAGCUACUCCGGGAGCGAUUCUGCAAGGAAGUAAAAAGGCUAGAAGCUCCAUCAGGUAGCGGGAUGUGCUACUUGGAGGAAUGGCGUUUUUUGAAACCCAUGAUGUUUUUAAAAGACUCCGUCACACCGCGUCGCACCCGUGAUAAUGCAGAAGCAAAUGCAGAAUCUGUCUUGGAUUCGUCAACAACGGAUAGUUUGACUGAAAGUCCAUCGCCACCUCAGAAGAAGAAGAAAAGUAGUGAAUUAGAAAGUCUCUACCAGAAGCUUGGAGCAACUAUAAAUAAUUUAGAAAAGCAGAUGGCGGCGCCGGCUGAAAUCUGUGAUACUGACGAGGCUUUUAUGACGACGGUUUUGUGCCUAAUGAAGGACCUGCCAGUGUCGGUCAAAGAUGAAUUCCAGGAGAAAAUGAUCUUGGAAUUAUAUCGCUUACGUCGCGAAAAUAGACAAUCUUAG